AGGGUCACCACUUUCCCAGAUCCACACAGAGCUCUGUGAGUGUGUUUCCAUCACCCCCCCCCAGUCCUCCACCUGUUCCCCUGAGAUCUAACCAUUGUCCCCAAGGCAUUAAAAGCAUUCAGCAUGUUGCCCCUCCACACGCCGUAUUGUCUCAACAAGCUCUCUGAUUGGUUGAGAGUGUGAGAAACUCCAGUCAGUCCCAAACCCACACAUUCAUAUGGAGAUGUGGGACUUUAAAUAAGAGGGAUGAAACCAGCAGAGAUCAGAUUCCCUCGACAGAGACCUCUACAGCACACAGAUCCAGACAUGGCUCCUACAAUUACUGCAGCAAUGACCAACUCUCAGGAGCACCUCACUCUGAUUCACAAGCUCAGAAAGCCUCAGGUGGAGAAGUUACGCAGAGAGCGAAUCAACAGCUGCAUUGAGCAGCUUAAGUCCAUCCUGGGUCCAGAAUUGCUCAACCAGCAGCCCGACUCCAAGCUGGAGAAAGCAGACAUCCUGGAGAUGACAGUUUGUGUCCUGAGAAGACUGCAGAAAGAGAAUCAAGAUGUGAACUCAGCAGCUGUCAAUCAGGGCUACUCCAGGUGUGUCCAAGAGGCCACACACUUCCUGUCCAGGGAGCAGGUGAACAUGAAGUCCCAGAGGAGACUGCUGAACCACUUCAACAAGCUGCAGUCUUCCUCUGAGAAGAACCUGAGAGACGCUGACUUCUCUCCUCUGAGCUCCUCAGUCCAGACCAGCAUCAGCAAAGAAAAGAGUCCAGUCAACAGCGCCCCCUGGAGGCCGUGGUAG